AACUCGUUAUGCUUCACACCCAUCCUAUAAAAGGAUUUCCUUAACUCCCUAAUUUCAUCACCACUUAUCUUAAUCAAUCACCACUCAAGGAAAGGCUUGGUGUCUUAAACAAAAAAGAAGAAAAUGGAGGUUAUCAACCGUAUCUUUGCCAGUCGCCAUUGUUCUUUCUUCUUGCUCCUGCUGCUUCUGGCCUCAGCAAUGUCAUUAGCUGUUGCAAAAACCCACCACCAUGAUUUUAUUGUUCAAGCAACAAAAGUGAAGAGGCUAUGCAAAACCCACAACAGCAUCACAGUAAACGGAAUGUUCCCGGGGCCAACCUUGGAAGUGAAGAACGGAGACACUGUAGUUGUAAAAGUUGUGAACAAAGCCCGAUAUAAUGUUACCAUUCACUGGCACGGUAUUAGGCAAAUGAGAACGGGCUGGGCAGAUGGGCCAGAAUAUGUAACACAAUGCCCAAUUAGACCAGGUAGAAGUUACACUUACAGGUUUACUAUUGAAGGACAAGAAGGAACACUUUGGUGGCAUGCUCAUAGCUCCUGGCUUAGAGCCACUGUUUAUGGUGCUCUAAUCAUCCAUCCAAGAGAAGGAUCAUCGUAUCCAUUCUCUAAGCCAAAUCGUGAAACACCCAUACUCCUUGGUGAAUGGUGGGAUACGAACCCUAUUGACGUGGUGAGGGAGGCAACUAGAACCGGAGCGGCUCCUAAUAUAUCUGAUGCUUAUACCAUUAACGGUCAACCUGGUGAUCUUUAUAACUGCUCCAGCAAAGAUACUACCAUCGUUCCGAUCGACUCUGGUGAGACAAACCUCCUUCGAGUCAUCAAUGCUGCACUCAAUCAACCACUUUUCUUCACCAUAGCCAACCACAAGUUUACAGUUGUUGGUGCUGAUGCCUCCUAUGUCAAGCCCUUUACCACCUCGGUCAUCAUGUUAGGACCUGGCCAAACCACAGAUGUUUUGAUUUCUGGCGACCAACUACCUGGCCGAUAUUACAUGGCAGCCCGAGCUUAUCAAAGUGCACAAAAUGCACCAUUUGACAAUACUACAACCACUGCCAUUCUUGAAUACAAAUCUGUUCUUUGCCCUGCGAAGUGCACAAAGAAACCAUUUAUGCCACCACUUCCAGCUUACAACGACACGGCUACAGUCACAGCCUUCAGUAGAAGCUUUAGAAGUCCUCGAAAAGUUGAUGUCCCGACCGAUAUUGAUGAGAACCUCUUCUUCACAAUCGGACUAGGACUCAACAAUUGUCCUAAAAACUUUAGAGCCAGGCGGUGUCAAGGACCCAACGGCACUCGUUUCACUGCUAGUAUGAACAACGUGUCCUUUGUGUUUCCUUCAAAAGCCUCGUUACUGCAAGCAUAUAAGCAAAAAAUUCCUGGAGUUUUCACCACCGAUUUUCCAGCAAAUCCACAAGUAAAAUUUGACUACACUGGCAAUGUCAGUCGUUCCCUCUUUCAACCUCUUCCUGGAACUAAGCUGUACAAGUUGAAGUACGGAUCAAGGGUGCAGGUUGUGCUACAGGACACGAGCAUUGUCACACCAGAAAACCAUCCGAUCCAUCUCCAUGGAUACGACUUCUACGUCAUCGCUGAAGGAUUUGGGAAUUUCAAUCACAAAACUGAUAAAUCCAAAUUCAACCUUGUUGAUCCACCAAUGAGGAAUACAGUCGCAGUACCUGUGAAUGGAUGGGCGGUUAUUAGAUUUGUUGCUGACAACCCAGGUGUGUGGAUAAUGCACUGUCACCUGGAUGUUCACAUCACAUGGGGUCUGGCCAUGGCGUUUUUGGUAGAAGAGGGGAUUGGGAUUUUACAGAGUGUCGAACCUCCUCCAGCCGAUCUGCCAAUAUGUUAAUUAAUAUCAAUACAUAAAAGAAGAUUUUACCAUUGUUGACACUCAUAGAAGCCAACAGCUAUAGGAUUUUCUUUCACCUUUUUAUCUGUUUCUUGCAUUCAAUUUCCCAUGUUCUUCCCUGCAUUUGGGGACAUAUUUCAUUAUUGUAUUCUUCCUCUCUUGGCUUACAAGCCUUUGAAACAAGAGCUGCCAUCUCAUUUUAGUUAUUGACCUGCUU